GCAUGCUUCAUUGAUGAAUGCACAGUAGGCAGAGUUGGUUUCGAAUUCAAGGAACAAGAACGGAUUCCUUUUUUAGGCGCAUUAUGCCGCAAGGUGAAUUACGUGUCAUUUUAGAAGUUACUUGUUGAUAAGCUGAGAUUCGAGGAAAAAAAAACCCACUGAAAAUGAAAGUUGAAGUUUUUCAGUCGAUUUUUUCUGUGAAUGCAGCACGAUGUUUUCAUACAACACACCCAGGAGAGGAACUGUCGAGUACCUCAGAUACGUUGUACAGUCUGAACCAGACAUCCCAAGUAACUGGACAACACGGGGCAGUGGGCGGUCAGUGCUGGCGGAUGUGGAUUCUUCCACCAAACAAGCCAUUAUCAACCUGGUACAAUCCACAUGGAACCCUGCCCAAACCAGCUUCGGCCGAGACGCCUUCGGUCUUAGAAGAGAUACCGGUCUUAUGAUCCUCAAUGUAGAAAGAAUUGAGAACCCUGACCUUUUUAGGAGGUACAAAGCCGCCAAACAAGAACUGCUGUUCAAAAAGUUAAGAUCAGGCAGAGUGUGUGAAAAGGUGGGUGAUCUACCCAAAUCUAGUGGAGGUGUAGUUACCAGCAGGUAUCUGCCAGACUUCUUGACGGACGACCUGUGUCAAGAGGUUAACGAGCACUACCUGUUCCACGGGACGACAUUUGACAGGAUCGGCGGGCUGAAAGACAUCGGCUUCAGAAAGUCUGCUGGAGGCAUGCUAGGCUCUGGCAUCUACCAGGCCGAGAAGUCCACUAAAGCCAACCAGUAUGCAGAUCCCACUGACGCACGAAGUCCUGAUGGCCACAGACUAAAGAUAAUACUUAGCCGCACAUUGCUGGGGGAUGUCUUCUUGUGUAACAAGAGCAAUUUGUCGAUGGUACAGGGCCGCAACAGCCCUCCGUCUGGCUACGACUCUGUGAUGGCAGACGGCGACUGGCUGUUCCGUGAAUUUGUUGUCUACGACGAGAGCCUGGUCUACCCUGAGUUUGUCGUCACCUACAAGAGAGCUUAAAAGUUUCCCGACAGAGUUUAUGUCACCACUCAAAUAGUUUAUUUGUGUACUUGAAAUGUUUUUUAAAAGCUUCAUUUAGGCUCUCAUGUGUGUGGUAUCUGUAACAGUAAACUGUAACUAUGAACAUCCCCAGAAAAUGUUUUGGUCAUUGUUUUUAGAAGGUGGGUUCCAUAGUUGAGUUUAAAAUAUGUGUGUUGGUUUAAAAAAAAAUAUAUAUUUGUGAAUGUGUAAACGAUGCUCAUAAAAUAUAUUUUUGGCCCAUAUUACC